AUGGCGGCGCCGAACAUGGAGCAGAGGAAGGCCUGCUGGGGAGCGCGGGACGAGCUCUGGGAGUGCUUGGACAGGAAUAACGAAGAUGCAGCCAAGUGCCAGCACCUGAGGCUGUCUUUCGAGUCUAAAUGUCCCCAGCAGUGGAUUAAGCAUUUUGACAAAAGAAGAGACUAUUUAAAGUACAAAAAGAAGCUUGAAACUGAGGGAUAUUCUCCACUAGAAACAACCGGAAAGUCAUAGCUAC